AGCACACGAACAAUUUGUAGUGUUAUUCAUGUCGUUCUCGCUUGUCCGGCCAUUGAUUGGGUUCAGGCCAAUCAUUGCACGUUCGACCUGUUUGGACACUAUCCAGUUCUUUCGCCAUCGCUCACUCUCUGUCGUUUGUCGACAACGUUUACUUCCCGCACGCGCGCAUGUGCCUCUCUUGAAUCGACUGGGCGUUGCACGCAGAGGGCAGAUCCUCCUGCCCAGCUUGUUGACAGCUACAGGGAUUGCAGGGAUCGCCCUUGGCAUAGCAACAUACACCGCGUCAACCAUCCACUGUGACAGUAAAGCUUCCGCACCUACUCCGCCCCCUCAGGCCCCACCUCCAGAGUCCGCGGUCAAUCUGUACGAAUUGUCAUUUGGUACAGUGGCUGGCAUCUGCGCUGGUGUGUUCAUCAAAAAAGGUGCAAAGAUGAUCGCGUUCUUUUUGGGUGGUGUAUUCGUCCUCCUUCAAUACCUUGGUUCGAUGUCACUCGUCCGUGUUGAUUGGGGUCGCAUGGCUUUUCGAUUCGAGAACUUGUUGUAUACGAUGGACGAGUCAGGUAACAAGAAGCCACCAACUAUUUCGUCACUGUGGACAUGGGUGGUGGACUUUUUGACCGCAGACUUUCAGCCAAGGGCGGCUUUCAUUGCUGGACUUGCGUUGGGGUUGCGUGUUGGUUGAAGCAAGGUUAUAAGUGUAGAGGGGGAAAUCAUCUAAAUCAGGCAAGAGGAAAAAUGGCUCGUAAUUUGUCUGUCUG